CUGUUUUUCUCAAACCACGCCUCCCCAUAAAAGAGAGAAUGGAGAAAGCUAUGGAGCCUCCCUCGCUGUUAGGGAUGCUAGAGACAACCUCGUCACUGAACAGGGAUAUGGAGGCCCUCAGGAAUGAGCACAAGUCACUACUCACCCAUUAUCAAGAGGCUGUGGAUCAUGGUGACCUGGUAGAUGGUGGGUGGGAUCCAGAGCUAGAGGAGGCAGUAAAGAAGGAAAAGGAGGAGCUCGUCAACGCGUCUAUGAAGAAGCUAGAGGAGGGACUGAGCGAAUCACAGUUGAUGCUGUUGCUAGCCAACUAUGUGAGUGCUCUAGAGGCUGACAAAGCUAAACUAAGAGCGCAGGUGAAGAGACUUUGCUCUGAGAAUAACUGGCUCCGAGAUGAGCUGACACAGGCACAGACGCUGCUAGGGGAGACAGAGAUAGCAUUGGCUAAGACAAGAGAGGAGAAAGAAGGGAGUGAGUUCUUGCUCAACCUCGAGCGUUGUGAGAGAGGGGGUCGAGAGAGAAGCCCCGCCAUGGUCAUUGAUGUACACGAGGAGGAACAAGGAGGUCUUAGAGAGGGUGUGGAGGGGAGCUCAUCUGAUGGACAGGAGGCAGUAGAUUACGAGGUCCCAGAGAAGAUCAAAACACUCCACCAUCUAGCAUUGCAGUAUGUCAACCAGGGUAAACCGGACGUGGCUGUUCCACUGUGCAAGAAAGCAGUGAAGGAGCUAGAGGCUAAGAGGGGAAGAGACAACCCUGACCUAGCUGCCAUGCUCAAUGUACUGGCAGUCAUCUACAGAGAUCAGGGCAAGCUACAAGAAGCCACCAAAGUGUUACAGGAGACACUGGAGAUCAGGGAGAGAGUGUUUGGGACGGACCAUGCUGCAGUAGCCUCAACACUCAACAAUCUCUCUGUGCUUCAUGGCAAGUGUGGGGACUUCAAGAUUGCAGAGCCCUAUUGUAGGAAGGCUCUGGAGAUCAGGCAAAAGUUACUGGGGUCAAACCAUCCUGACGUGGCCAAGCAGUUCACCAACCUGGCUAUCCUCUGCUCACACCUGGGCAAGUAUGAUGAGGUCGAGUACUACUAUCAGCGCGCUCUUGAGAUAUUCCAGACUGAGUUAGGACCAGACGAUCCAAAUGUCACUAAAACUAUGUCUAACCUGGCCAACUGUUACCUAAAGCAAGGAAAGUAUUCUGCAGCUGAAAACAUCUUCAAAAAGGUACUGCAUACAGUGCAGGUGGAGGAGAGUGGUCAGUCCUCCGUGUCAGAGGAGGCCUCACAGCUGGUGCAAAGUUCAUCUCCCCGCAGCCCCAAUGGACGUAGCAAAGAGGAGCCAUACUUUGACAAGGGAGGAUGGCAUAGAGCCAACCUACCACAAAGCCCCACUGUUUCCUCUACCCUGAAGAACCUUAGCGUAGUGUACAGGGAACAGGGGAAGCUGGACACGGCUAAUGAGCUGGACAAGCUAACCACUGGAGACGGUUUAGAUCGGUCCCAACAAGACAGAAUGAAUGAACUGCUCGCUGACACAGCGGACUCCCCACUGCAAUCAACACAGUCAACACAGGUACCUCGUCAGAAGUCCAGAGGGUCGUUGUCGCUCAAUGUCAGACGUUUGUUUGGACUGAGAGGGAGUGAACAAUCAGGCCAUGAUACUUAGCUCUGUUUAUUAUUGUGUAUAAUUAUGUUGUGUCCAUAAUAAUUUCUUUUGUCAUACCACAUGUAUGUCUGUAUUGUAAUAUCAAUGAUAAUGGGAAGUUUCCCUGUUCAGUAGUCA